AUGGAAUCACCAACUGGGAAGAUAGCAACACGGAAACCUCCAGCUUGUAAUAUGGAAACAGUGGCAGAUUUGAUAAAAGAGAGGAAAUGGAAUAAGGCACUGAUCGAGGAAACAUUCUCAAAGGAGGAAGCAUCACAAAUUCUGGCCAUGCCUCUAAAAAGUGCAAACAGUGAAUGGUUGGAAGGUAAAGAGGAGCUGACAGAAAACAAUGAAAGGCACAGAACAGGAACAAGUCACCAACUGCAAAACCACCAAUGGAGGCCACCAGACGCAGGAGUUGUGAAAAUUAAUACCGAUGCUGCUAUUCCUACUAAAUUAGCAGGAGCAGGGUUAGGAAUGAUAGCGAAAGAUGACCAUGGAAACCUUGUAGAAGCAAGAGGUACCAGGAAGUAUAGCAGAGGUGGAGCUGAAAUGGAAAUGGCAGAUGCAAUCCGACAGGGACUGCUAAUGGCUAAGGAAGUUGGAUGGCAAAGAAUAGAAAUGCAAUUUGAUUGCAAAGCUGCCAUUGAACAAAUCCACAAGAAAGGCGAGGAGGAAACACCAAUUGACACCAUAAUGGAAGAUAUAAAACAAUUGAGUGGCAUGUUCCAGUACUGUUCUUUUUCUUUUGUUUAUAGAGAUGGAAAUAGAUGUGCUUAUCAACUGGCACAAUUUGCAACUAAACUUGUUUCCAAUAUAGUAUGGAAACAAAGUUUUCCUUUGUGGCUCAAAGAGAGUAUACAGGAGGAUAAUAGGACAAAUGUGCACUUUUGUAAUUAA